AUGUCUUACCAGAAGGGCGAGAAGGAUUUCGCUGAGCAGCCGAAGGCUCACCGUAUCCGUAUUACUCUGACGAGCCGCAAGGUCGAGUCUCUGGAGCGCGUCUGCUCCGAGCUGAUCGAGCGUGCCCGCUCGAAGGACCUCACGGUCAAGGGCCCUGUCCGCCUGCCUACCAAGAAUCUGAAGAUCACGACCCGCAAGACGCCUUGCGGUGAGGGUAGCAAGACCUGGGACAUGUACGAGCUGCGCAUCCACAAGCGCCUGAUCGACCUGCACGCCCCCACCGAGGUUGUCAAGUCUGUCAUUGUCAACAUCGAGGCCGGCGUCGAGGUUGAGGUCACGAUUGCUGCGUAA